GACAAACUGAACUACUAACAAACAUGACAGGGUUUGAAUGGUUUCAGCUGAUCAUUUUUGGCAUCAUCAUUCAGCAAAUUUAAAGCUCUGUGGUCACCAUGAAGUCAGCAGCGGUCCUCCUGGCUCUCUCUCUCCUCCACACCUGCUCUCCUGUUCCCGUCAGACGUCCACCAAACUGGCUCAGACAAUGUCGAGCCUCCACCAACCUCUCCAUCACGGCACUGGAGGUGCUGCCAGGUGGAGGUUGGGACAACCUCCGGAACAUGGACAUGGGUCGGGUCAUGAAUCUCAGCUACUUUCAGUGCCAGACCACUGAAGACGGACUCUAUCUCAUCCCAGACGAAGUGUUUGUCAUCCCCCAAAAGGAGACGGGUGUGGAGACCAGUUCAGAGAUCAUCAGCUCCUGGCUGGAGCAGAAAAGCUCCACAUCUGAGACCAUUAACGCAGACGUUUCUUUCCUAUCUGUGCUGAAUGCAAAAUUUUCUACUGAGAACCAGAGAAUGAAAACCCACCAGGUCAAAGACUCAGCAAAAACAGCCAGAGUGCAGGUUCGUAACUUCAUCUACACAGUCAAGGCUUAUCCAGACUUUGCUCUGGACGAACGUUUUGCUCAACAAGCCAAGGAAAUCGCUGAUGCAAUAGAAAACAACCAGACGAGGAACGCUGACUAUCUCUCAGAGAGGAUGGUUCUAGAUUAUGGAACACACGUGAUCACUAGUGUUGAUGCAGGAGCCGCUUUAGUGGAGGACGACUACCUUAGUUCUUCAUAUGUCUCAGACAGUGUGUCAGACCAGACCACCAUCAAAGCACAAGCUGGUUUGAACUUUUUUGACAAACUCAAGUUUGACAUCAGCAGUCAAAGUACCCAACAGAGCUUCAUUAACCAAACCUAUCAAACCAACCUUCACUACUCUUUAAUGCAAAGUCAUGGAGGCACACCUUUCUAUCCUGGCAUCACUCUGCAGAAGUGGCAGGAAAGUAUCAGAAACAACCUGGUUGCUAUCGAUCGGUCUGGAUUCCCACUUCACUACUUCAUAAACAUCAACACCUUACCUGAUCUACCUCAACCCACAGUUGAGAAAGUUUCUCUGAGAGUCAGUCAGGCCAUAGAGCAAUACUAUAAAAUCAACACCCGUCCUGGCUGUGUAGACGUCAUCUCCACGAACUUCAACUUUCAGGCCAACGUUGAUGAUAGUUCCUGCAAAGGUCCUGACACAAACCUCACCUUUGGUGGCAUCUACCAAGAAUGUAUUAGGAUCAGUCCAUAUGCUGGUCCACUAUGUGAUGCUCUGGCCCAGAAAAACCCAGACACAGGUGACUUCUCUUGUCGUUCACCUUAUAACGCCACUCUACUGAGAUCAGAACUUAGACAGGAGGGUUUCCACAAGUAUGAGUGUUAUGACCAGGAAUAUAGUUGUGGGUUUUUUGAUCUUUUUACCUGUCAUCAGCAAGUGUGUGAGAACAACUACUAUGUUCGCUCUGCCCAAAUCAACACUUACUGGUGCUUUGACAGUGGAAUUGCUCCAAACAACUCAGGGUAUUUGUUUGGAGGGAUAUAUAGCCAGUCUCUCCUAAAUCCCCUCAGCAAUGCUACAAGAUGCCCCCCAAGCUUUAUUCCAUUAAAGUUUCUCUCUGAUGGCCAGUUCAUUUGUGUGAGCAAUGACUAUGAAAUCGGCACCGUGCAUGCAGCAAAAUUUGGAGGCCUCUUCAGCUGCGAGUCCACCAACCCACUGGCAGGGUUUCAACGUCGCUGCCCUCUCACCUUUAGUCAGCACCUUGCUACCGUGAGCGACGGCUGUGAAAUCCUUUACUGCGUCCUUUCAGAUAGGUUCAAGAGUGAACAGCUGCAGCCAAUCCGUCUGCCCCCAUUUACUAAACCUCCACUUAUUAGCAUGCACGCCACCAAAACAGUGUUGGUGAUGACAGAGGGAGAGCAGAGCUGGGUCAGAGUGGGGAAGACCAACAAUUGGAAACUGGCCAAACCAGACGAAAUCAAGGCGAUUGUAGAAAAGCUUAAUCCAGAACUGAAUGUGAUGUCCAGUGGAGAGAAGGCAGGAGUCGCCUUUGGGGUGAUUGGCACGUUGGCGCUGGUGGUCAUAGUGGCGGUCCUGAUGAAGAGACCGGGCAGACUUCCUUGGAUUAGAAGAGCUAGAGGCUAUGAGGAAAUACGUGGUGAGGUUGAAUCUAAUGAUGCAGUCUGUAAUCUAGAAUAACAGACAUAACUGACCCAGGAAUACAGGCUUUACCUUUCUGACUUUUGUUUUAUUAUUUCAGAAAUAUGAUUAUUGGGAUGUAUUUCUUCCUUUAUUUGUCUGUCAAAUUGUAAAGUUUUAAUCCUUAUUUCUUCAAUCACAAGACAGAAGUGGUUUCAGCUUUUCCCUUCUGAUGUCACAAACCUCAACAUAAUGAAGUUAAUAAAAAAUAUGAAUGAUUUAAAAUGUUAAGUGAUUUAAACUGUAAUUGAUUAAAAAUGUAUUGUGUUUUCUUCUUUUACACUAUUCCAAUGUUGAAUGUGACCAUUAUGCUUUCAACGUAGAAUUUAAGAACUAAUAAAAAUCUUAAUAAAUAAGAAAUAGUGGACUUAUGUCUAUAUGGCCAUACU